CAGUCUACCAGCCUAUCCAAACAAGACCUCACAACCAUGUCCAACAAAAUCACCGUGACCCUGCCCCAGCUGGCCAAAAUGAUUGACCACUCCCUCCUGCACCCGACCAUGACCGACGCCGACAUCCGCGCCGGCCUGCAGAUCGCCCGCGCCCACCACGUCGCCACCGCCUGCGUCAAGCCCUACGCCAUCCCGCUCGCCAAGCAAGAACUCGCCGGCUCGGACGUCCUCAUCUGCCCGGUCAUCGGGUUCCCGCACGGCAACAGCACGACCGAGAUCAAAGUCCUCGAGGCCACCGCCGCGGCCCAGGCGGGCGGCGCCGAGAUCGACAUGGUCGUCAACGUCGGCAAGGUCCUCGGCGGCGACUGGGCGUACGUCACGGAGGAGAUCCGUCGGAUCAACGCGGCUGUCGUCGCCAACGGGGCCGCCCUCAAGGUCAUCUUCGAGAAUGAUUACCUCCAGCCCGAGCAGAUUGCCCGGCUGUGUGAGAUCUGCUCGCAGCUGGAAGUAGCGUUUGUCAAGACUUCAACUGGGUAUGGGUUCGUCAAGCAGGGGGAUGGGUCGUAUAAUUACAAGGGUGCGACUGUCGCGCAUUUGAAGUUGAUGCGGGAGAAGUCCGCGGAGAAGGUGCAGAUUAAGGCUGCCGGGGGCGUGAGGACGUUGGAUGAUCUGCUGCAUGUGAUGAGCUUGGGUGUGACGCGGAUCGGGGCCACGGCCACGGUCGCCAUUCUGGAGGAGGCCAGGAAGCGGGGGGUUGGAAAUGAGCCUGUGGAGGUGUGGUUUAAGCCGAUGGCGGAGGAGGGUACCACAGGCGGCUAUUAGGUUCGGUGAUUUUGCUUCGAGAUUUGAGCACUCAUGGGUUUCUAGUUCCACAGAAUUGACUCUGCAAUUCGCGGUCAAGGUCCGAGGUCGGCGUGAAAGAAGGGAUCGUUGUCGAGAUCCCAUAACCACGUCUGUUCCAGGAUUGGAAAGCCGUCCACGGUUGGCGGCCACAGAAUCGGAUUUUCUGCCGUCUGUUCCUGUUCUCCGCAGGCUUGAGGGGCAUAGGAUAGCAAUGCU